AUGCGGCCGGCGGAGCGCAGAAGCGGCGCGGCGGGCCGGGCCCCGGCCGCCCGGUCGGGGCCGCGCUCCGAAGCGGGGCCCCCUCAGGAAGACCUCCUGCCCCCUGGCUGGGAAGAGCCGGCCGAGCAGGCGGCCCCGGGAGCGCCCACCCAUCAUCCCCGGCCCAGCCGCCACUUCCUGAAACAGCAGCCCCGCGAGCCGGCCCCGGACUCCGGGCCGGUUUCCCACAAUCCCCCUCUCCGGGGGGCGUCCGGGGGGCGCCCGAACGCCCUGCUCAUGCGACUGGCCCUCAUUGAGGACAGGUUCCGGCGCCGGCGCAUCUCGGCGCCCCCCCGUGGGGACGAUGGGAGCUCCGCGAGCGAGCCAAGCUGCAUCUCCGAGCCGGGGGCCACCGGGCCCGGGGAGGACUCCGACUCCCAUGCAGAGGAAGCACGUGCUGCGGGCGGAGACCAGCCUGGAAGGGAGCAGGACGAUGGGCGAGGGAAUCCCUCGGGAUCCAAGGCGGGAGAAGCCCUCUUGGGAGCGCAGGCGGACGGAAAGAGGUCUCCGCCGAGCGCCGCCUGGACCCCCCCGGAGUCUCCGGACCCCGCCGGAAGUGCCGCCUCCUCCUCCUCCCCGGACCGGCCCUCUUCCGCCGUGGCAGAUGGGCUCACGGAUUCCUCCGUGGGGAGCGAGCCAGGCUUCGGGGCGCGCCUCCUCAGCCUGCCCGUGGACGAUGGGACCGACUCCGAGAUCUCGGAGCUGCUCAGCGCCUACUCCGACGACUUCGAGCCCGGCCCAUCGUCCCCGGCGCCGGGGGGGCCGGGCCCAUCAUCCCUGGCGGAGCCCGGGCCCCGCACCAAGGACGCCGCCGUGCAGACCAGCUGGGCCCCGGGGGACGCCGCCAGGCAUGCUGGGAGAGGAGGCUGGGGACCCCCAGAACCGGACGAUCUGUGGGGGGAAGCUCCGGCGCCCCCCAGCCCCACCGCCGCCGCCCUGGACGACCUCCUGCUGCAGCUGCUGGGGCUGAUCCGGGACUUCGCCCAGCACAGCCGGCGGCUGCGCGACUCCGCCGUGGCCUCCCUGGAGGAGCAGGAACUCCGGUACCAGUACCAGACGGGGACGCUGGGCCCCGGAGGCCCCCACAUGCCCCCCCGGGAGGCAGGCAGGGGCCCGUCCCCAAACCCUCCCCAUGAAUAA